AUGGAUCACACGCGAGACCCGUGCCCUUACGUUAUCCUGAACGAUUUCGGUGGUGCUUUCUCCAUGGGCGCCAUCGGUGGUACGAUAUGGCAUGGCAUCAAGGGAUUUCGCAACAGUCCUUACGGCGAGAGAAGGAUAGGCGCCAUCACAGCCAUCAAGGCACGAGCACCAGUACUGGGCGGUAACUUCGGAGUGUGGGGCGGACUCUUCUCGACAUUUGAUUGCGCUGUUAAGGGUGUAAGGAGGAAGGAGGACCCAUGGAACGCCAUUAUUGCAGGUUUCUUUACCGGUGGGUCUCUCGCUAUACGAGGCGGAUACAAGGCUGCAAGAAACGGUGCCAUUGGUUGUGCAGUGCUGCUAGCCGUCAUCGAAGGUGUCGGUAUUGGUUUCCAGAGAAUGUUGGCAGGAAGCACAAAGCUGGAGGUACCCCAACCUCCCCCGAGUGGAGAAAUGCCGGCCAUGGCAUAG